CAAACACACACGCACGCGCGCACGCACGCACACGCACACACAUACACACACACACAUUUGGGACGCGUGAUACCUAGCUUGUCUGCUGCACGCCGCCUCUCUUUUAUCGCCGUUGCCAUUCACAUGCCCGUGACACUUCCUCGCUGCCGCCCUACGCCCAUGCUUCCACCUUUGCCUAUAGGUGAGCUCGACUACGACCAGCGGGCGGGAAUCCGGGAAUUAGGCGUGCUGGGUAAACGUUGUUUAGCGCGCCCAGGGUGCGGAGCAUGGACGCAUACAGGUGCAUCGCGGGGUCAGGCCGAAUGGUCGCCCGUGGGGUUCCAGGCUUAUCGCGGGUAAGUAUGACUACCUGGGUCACGACAGUCACGCGACGCUCGGUAAAAUGGCCCAUGAGGACAAAGACAUCAUGCGCCUCGCGGUGCGCGAGGUCAAAGUGCUCCAGGCCGUGUCCCACGAAAACCUGGUUCGCCUCAUCAAUGCCUUCAAAUCCAAGUCGGGCCGCGUCUACAUGGUGUUUGAGUUUGCGGGCAGCUCGGUGCAUGACCAGCUGGACCGGUAUCCCACUGGCCUGGGCGCUGCCGCCACCAAGCUGCUGAGCUGGCAGCUGCUGCAGGCGGCGGCGUACCUGCACGGCAACAAGGUGUUGCACCGCGACAUCAAGCCCGCCAACAUCCUGGUGGACAGCUCGGGAGUGGCCAAGCUGUGCGACUUCGGGUUCGCGCGUGCCGUGAGGUGCGGCCCCCGGGAGGCGCAGCGCUGCACCAGCUACGUCGUCACGCGCUGGUACCGCGCGCCGGAGGUGCUGGUAUCUGACAACUAUGGCGCUGCCGCGGACAUCUGGAGCAUCGGCUGCACCAUUGCCGAGAUCGCCACCGGCCGAGCCCUGUUCCCUGGCAACUCCACGAGCGACCAGCUGUGGCGCAUCAUGCGGUGCCUAGGCCCCCUGCCGCCCGCGCACACCGCCCGCCUGCUGUCCGACCCCCGACUGCGCGGCGCCACCAUCCCGCCGCUGCACAAGGACCUGCGGCAGCGCCUGCCCGAGGUGGAGCCGCGGCUGCUGGAGCUGGUGGCGGCCUGCCUGCGCCUGGACCCCGCGGCCCGGCCCACCGCGGCGGAGCUGCUGCAGAUGCCCUACUUCUGGGAUGUGCCACGCUUGCUGGCUGGCUCGGACACCGAGGCGGCCCUGGCGGCCGCCAGGCAGGCCGCCGCUGUCACUGCCGCCGCCAUUGCCAAGGCAGGCAAGGUGCCGCCGCAGCAGCCGUCGCCGCCGCAACAGCCGCAGCCGCGGGUGGAUGAUCAGCAGCAGCCGUGGCAGCUGCAGCUGCUGGAUACGAGGCGUCAAGCAGCUGUCGCUGCUGCUGGCGACGACGGCGGCGGGCCGCGGCUGGGCCCCGUGCCUCCGAGCAAAGCCCUCAAUAACGACACCGUGGCUGAGCUCGCGUCAUCGCAGCCGCAGCAGCACCAGACGCUGCUGGUUGCUAACGCUGCCGUUGUCGCAACGUCGGCAUCUUUAGAGGCGACAACUGCUGAUGACGCGGCCGCUGCUGUUCAUCAGCAGGCCACCAUCGCCGCGCCGACGCCAGCAGGAGACCAACGUACGCGUGGCGCGUCGCAGGCCGCUUCGGCGGUACCGGUGGCACCGCUUUUGGCGUUGAUGAAGGACAGCUCGGAGCGGAGCGGCGGAAUUAGCACGGGCACAGCAGCCUUGCCCGUGCGCGUGCCCGCAGCGGGCGCCGCAUGUGCACCGCCGCCGUCCCACUUGCGACAGCUGCCAUCCGCACCAAGCCUGAGUGAGCCACCGGCGGCAGCCGCCACACCACCGCCGCCACAGAAGCAGGACGGACAGCAGCAGCAGCAUGGGCUGGCUCCAAGUGCAGCAGUCGGCGGCGGGCCCCGGCCGUCUGCUGCUGCAUUCGCCACCGCUGCCGCCGCCGCCGGCGACCCCACCGCCGCCUGCUAUGAUGCCAGCAGUGACGACGUCGAUUGUGGCAAGGCCGACGGCCGCGGUGGCGCCAGCGCAGCAGCAGGCGACGCCGCCAGUCGCAACACACGCCUGCGACUUGUCGAUGGUGGGAACAACAGCACCAGUGGCGGCGUAAUAACACAGCCGUCCUCCUUUGUCACCGCUGGCGGCGCCGUAUGGGCCGUCGCGGACAGCGUGCGCGCCGCCGCCGCGGCCCUCAACCGCGGUGCCAUCAGCUCAACAGCCGCCAGUGCCGGCGCCCGCCGCCUGGGCUCUGGCGUCAACUGCGUCGGCGGGGCCACGCAGCAGCAGCGACAUGCCACCACGAGCAGCUUCGUCAGUGUCUCAGGCCUAGUGAUGCUGCCGUCAACCGCCAUCCUCAACAGCCCCGGCGGCCCUCUUUCUCCUGCUGAUGAGCCGGAUGGCCUCUACAGCAGUAGCCGUGCAGGCGGCAGUCUUGUGGAUGGUACUUCCGUCGCCCACCUCUCAGCAAGCCUAUUUGGGCACGGUGGCGGUUGGUUUGUACGCGGCAGCUCGGGUUGCAUCACCUCCACUGCAGGGGGCUUCGCCGCCCCCAGCUCCUUCGGUAACGGCGGCGUCGGCGGCGGCACCACUGCAAACAGCACUGGCGGCGGCAGCCAAUCUGCAAGGCUGUACCAUAUGUACCGCUACGGCAGCUGCAGUAACGCCGGCACGGAGGUGUGGGAGGAGGCGGUAACGCCCAUGGGCGCGCCGUCAUUGUACUGCCAGCCCGGAUCCAUGCUGCCGCACAUACGGCCAAUGGCGGGAGCGGCUGCCGACGUACGGCAGCAGGGCGCGGCGCCGUACGGCCCAUGGGCCAGUGGGUACGACAGUGGCGUGCUGCCGCAGCUGCAGUCUGGCGGUGGCGGCGGCGGCGGCGGCGGCUCUGGGCGCGGUGGCUCCGGCCGCCACUGCGGUGGUGGCGGCGGUGGCGGCAGCAGCAUUCAGGGCGGAUCUGACCAGAUGCUGCCGAUACUGAUGUCGCGUCAUGCCGCCAACGGCAACCCCGGCAGUGGCGGCGGCCCGGACCGGCUGCUGCGCUCACACACCGAUGCCACGCUGGCGGCGACGGCGGGCAUGGGCAUCUACGCAGUGGAUGAGGAGGACGACGACGAGGGGCGGCUGGGCUUGGGGGGUUUGUUCGCGACUGUGGGGCCCCGCGCAGCAACUGCCAUGGGCAUUCGAGGCAGCGGCGGCGCAAACGCCACUACUGGUCUCCGUGUAGUGGAUGACAAACGCAUUCACGCCGCCGGCGGCAGUAGCAGCAGCGGCGGCGGCAGGUGGGGAUCGGCACUGCGAAGCACCGCCGCAAAGCUGGCGACUUUUCUGGGAGGUGGCAGCAACGGAGGCCGCAGCAGAAGCAGCGCAGCGGCCGGCGGCGGCAGCAGUGUCGGUGGCGUUAGCAGUGACUCAAGUGGCCAAGCGGCGGCGGUGGCGGCACAGCAGAUGACGGUGACGCUGCCAGCCGCUGCCGAGCGGCCUCUGCAGCAGCCGCUUCCGCCGCUGCAUUUGGCUCAGCUGCAGCAAGUGCAGCAGCAGGACGGGGCUCUGGGUCGCAUCAGUCGUGGCAGCGGCGUUGUUGCCCACACCAGCAACGGUACCGGCACCGGAGCAUCCCCGACAGCCGCUGGUAGGGGCGGCGGCAACAGCCACGGAAACAACAGCUCGCAGCUGCAGCGCGCGGCAGUGGCUGUCCCGCCGCUGGCGGCGGGGGCUAGACAGCAGCCGCUACCGCCUCAGUCACUGGGCGCAAGCGCUGGUAUGGCUGCUGGCAGCAGCAGCGGCCUCGUUGUUCCCAGCAUGGGCAGUAGCAGCGGCGGCGGCGGUGGGCUGGGUAAGAGCAUGUCCCAAUCCGACCUGGAGGAGUUGCAUCGCAAGCAGCUGCAUCUGGCGGCGGCGGCGGCGGCGCCGGCGGCGAUGGAAGCCGCUGCUGCGACGGCGGCGGUGUCUGCCAGCGGCGGCGCCGUCAGCGCCAGCGGUGCCGCCGUCGGCAGCAUCAACGGCGGCGGCCGUGUGAAAAGCCCCCCCGCAUCUACAAGCAACCUGCACCUGUACCUGCUGAGCUCGGUUAUGCCUGCUUCAAGUGCUAUGGUUGCCGUACCGCUGCAGCAGCAGCAGCAGCAGCAGGCGCUGUCGGGCGCCCCACUGUCUUCCUCCAUGCCUCGACUGCGCCCCUCGCGCUUCAGCAGCCAGGCACUGAACAGCUUGACGCAGCUGGCCUCGUCAUCUACUCCCGGAGGCGGUGGCACCUUAAGCAGCACGCUUGAUGAAGGUUCUCUGCAGGCCGCGAUGGGCAGCAGACCUGGAACCGCCGCCGCCUUAGGUAAUGCUGCUGGAGGAGGCAGUGUCAUCGGAGCCGCCGCCGCUGCUGUUCAGCAGCAGGGCACUGUCCAGGGCGGCAGCGGCAGCGGCGGUGCGGCCAUGCAUAUGUACAAGCGAAUGCAGUCCGACAGGUCACGCCGCAGCCUGCUGCGUGCGGCGGCCGCCGCAGCCGGCAACGGCGGAUCCUCCGCCACCACGGCCAUGGCGGUGCGCGUGGCUGAUGCCGCCAGCUCCAUUGCGAUGCAGCAAGCCCUGAGCACGGCUGGAGGCGGCAGCCACGGCCGAAACGGCGACCGUGACGGCGGCAGUGGCAGCGGCAGUGGCAGCCCCACGCCGUCCAGCCCCAACGCCCUGGUGGCGCUGGCGGCGGUGGCCGCCGGCCGUGCCCGCAGCCGCAGCCGUGUGCAGCCCAUCCCUUCGGGAAGCAUUGCCUUCGUUAGCACCAGCGGUGGCAUCGAAGCCGCCGUCGCUUCCGCCUCCAGCGCCGGCACUGCUUCAGGAGCGUUUCCCAGCGGCGGCGAUGGGAUGGGUGUCGCGAUGACGGCGACAAUGCUGCUGGGCAGUGGCGGCGGCGGUGGAGGUGGCGGCAGCGGCCCGACGCCGAUCAGCGUUGCGUCGAUGGCUCGACUCAGCAAUGUCAACAGCGCCUGCGGUGGUCACGCCGCCGUGUCGCCGGUGCACCGCGCUGACACGUUUGGUGGAGAGAUGUCGGCGUCUGUGGCGGCGGCCGCAGCACCAGCGGGUUUGCUGCUGGCGGCAACGGAGGAUGGCGCCAGCAGCGGCAAGGUGGUCGCUGUGAUGGUGGGCAGUAGCAGGCCGGUUGGCGCUGGCGGCGUCAGUGGCAGCAGCUGCAGCAGUGGCGGCGGCGGUGGCGGCAGUAGCAGCGGCGACGGGAACGUCACGUGCAAAGCUGGCGCUCCGCUUCAACCCAUGCUGUCUGCGGCCCCAAUCACCCCAACGGAUGCCAAGGCGGCGGCUCCCGAGGCCGCGCCUCCGGUAGUCGUGGCCGCCGGCGGUGCAAACGCCGCCGCUGAUGCUGCUGACAAGGUUGUUGCAUUCGCACCAGCCUCCACUAUUGCCUCUGACGCUGCUGCUACUGGUUCCAGUGCCGGUGUCGUUCUGGUUGGCAGCAGGCCAUCUGCGCCGCCGGCGGCCGGGGGCGGUGGCGGCGACACGGCGUCGUCGUUGCCGUCCGUGCCCAAAAAGAAGGCCAAAGGCUUUGGCGGAUUGGUUAAGGCGCUCCGCCGUGCCAUGGACAAAAUGUCUACCAGCUAAAUUGUGAUAGGGUAUCCGUAAUAAGUAGAGGCUGGAAAUGCACGCAAUGCACGGUAUGCACGCUGAAGUUCAAGAUACUUAGCAUGGCCGCAAUGAGGGCUGAGGGCAGCGAAGCGCCGUCGGGGUACGCCCAAGCAAAAAUGGCACGCAGGAAUGCGGUGCAUGGCUGUGCGUGGUCGGUUGGACUCACUUGGUUGUAUGUAUGAUUCGCGCGCGUGUGUGCGCAAGCUGCUCGGCACAAGCUCACCAUCGGGGCACGUGGCGGCGGCCAUGGGCUCGAUUAGCGCGUGACGCCCUGCGUGUUGCCUUGCGUACGUGCAGUCGGGGUGAUUGCUGAGGGACCGUGAUCUGAUUUUACAAACUAGCAAAAGAAACUGGUUGCGCCCUGCUGUCGCCAGUAAUUGGCGGGUACAUGAAAGCUUACUUGCAAGGGUGGUGAUGCGGCAGGGCGUGGUCCGGAUGUUGUUGAAUUCAACUCCAAACACGGUAUUGCGAAACAGGCUGCAGGUGCUUCAAAGUACAGGCUGAUAACAGCCGCGGUGAGUACAAAAUUUCGGGACAAGAGGUUCUUAAUGGGCCCAUACAUGGUGGUGGAUGGUACAAGAGGCAUCAGGGAUGGUUGGGUUCGCCCGCCUGCAGUAGUCGUAGGUACAUGUGGCAAGGCAAGAAAGCCCAAAACAUCGUGUAAGGUUCGCCGCACACCAGCCCGUACCAAUAAUCGUGCUGCGCUAUUGCAUGGCACUCUGAUGCUGCUGCCUGGUGGCAAAGGGAUCGCAUCCCCCUAAGGCGCCUGAGCGAGCGAGCCGCCGAGAUGGUGUGAAAGCGUGCAAGGUAGUGCGACGAUGGGGCAGUAGAGGCAUUAGGAACACGUACCGGCACCUGCAAGGACCAGGCGCGGCCCACGGUGAAGCCACGUGAGAUAUUUGAGAACGCGCCGCGUGCCUAUGAGACAUCGCAAGUAAACUACUACCGUGUGAGGCCGUGCAGCCCUUGCUUUUGGCUACACAGACUCGAAGUGCCCAAAUGCAGCAGUGCGUGUUUCUGCUGCGGACUGCGGCGGCCUUGCGUGCGUGCAUGGAUGGAUGGAUGAUGGAUGGAUGGGGAUUCGCAGGUAGGCGGACCUGCAAACACAUCCCAGGCACGCCGUGCCAGAUGGAUGGGUUCAUCCGCAUGUGUGUAGGAUGUGAUUUGCUAUCGGGAGCACGUUAACACCAGGGCCCGAGACGGCGUGCGCGGCAUGGCAAGCCCUUUUGGCAUUCAGGGGGGCCCCGAGAGGCGGUGUCACGUCAUCCUAUACAUUCGUUGAGCGAGAUUGCUAUCGCAAGCUGUGCGCAUGUUGUUUUAAUAAUGAUACGGUAAUUGUUAGUGGCAAGGUGGCUGCUGAGCUCAACCAACACAACAAAGUUCCAUAUUAGACUCAUGCUGGUCAAGGCUUGGUUGGCGGGCGCUCGAUGCACGUGGUGUGCCGCGACUACACAAUUUGGGAGCGCGGUGGAACCAUCACCUGGGUUCAUGAGGCGCAGCUGAUAAACAAUAGCUGCUGCUUGUUCUGGAUAAAUAAGCCAUCAAUUAUUGUUGGGAAGGACGUUCGGGUACUGCGGCUGCACAAGCCAGGCGGCACCCUACCUAUUAUUGCAGUGUGUGUGUGGCGGCGGCAGCGGUGCGGCGGCCCUGGGUUUGUGAGGGGCGUCCUGUGCGAUUCACGCACACACGCCGCUAUGCCGGAUGCGGUAACGCUGUGGGAGACCGGCGCGUGAGGCUGGCUCAUUGCGAUAGCAUGGGUUGCUCUGUUGUGCGGUGCGUGAAUGCAUGAGCAGUGGGUUCGACGCAUGCGCACUAAUAAAUACAAAAUAACAAAAUGUAGCAUGUGGGAUUCAGAGAGCAAGCGCGGAUGCAACCGCUGCGGCGGCAUCGCUGUGCAUGCGUGCCGGUUGGCACGUUAACAGAGAACCCUACUGAACUCGUCAGUACCCACACGACACACGGCAUGUAGUAAGGGCGUCCUCGCGGGCGCCUAGUGCAAGCGAGUAGGAGUGUGGAGGUCACGGUAUGUAGCAAGGGCGUCGUCCGCGUGGCCUAGUGCAGUGAGAGGGAGCGUGGAGAUCACGCUGCGAGAGCCCUGGAUACCCCACUGUGAGGGCAUGGCGGAUAUCGCCUGUGACGCCGUAAGCGGGCCUGCCUGCGACUGCCUGCUGGCAAGGGAGCUGUAUGGGCUGUCGUGUGAUAGAUCACGUAUGUACGUGUCGUGUGGCUUUCCGCUACCCACUGGCUCGUGAAUUGCGUCAGCAGGUCCCUCUUGUAACCAAUGCAAUCU